UCUAGCGAAGCGGCGAUGAAAACGUUAAAUAAUGGUAAAAAGUCAGGUUAUAGUUAUACUCGUAGUUGGAUGCAGAUGCACUGUUUCGGCUUAAUACCUUCAAGCGUCGCAAAAAUGUCAUCUGGACAAUCGAAGAUUUUUUUGGGAAACAUAUUUCACUGCCAAAAUGAUCCAGCCAAAAAGCAAUUGUAUAGAAUAUCCAAUGAACAAGGUGGUUUUGUGAUCGUAAAACGAAGUAAGAUUAUGGCAAUAGGAAGGAAAGAAGACCUCGAACAAGCUAGAGCACAACACUUAGCAGAUGAGCAAGAUGUCAUGGUAACUGUUCUAUCAGAUCGUCAACUGUUAAUUCCAGGUUUCGUAGAUACACAUAUACAUGCUCCACAGUAUCCAAAUUGCGGAUUAGGCUACGAUAAGCCUUUAUUAGAAUGGUUACAGGCUUACACCUAUAAGCUAGAAAGGAAAUAUAGGGAUUUGGAGUACUCAAGAAAAGUUUUCAAUGCAGUGGUGAGGCGUACUUUGAAUCAUGGUACGACCACGGCAUGUUAUUUCGCCUCUCUAUUUCAAGAUGCCAGCCUGAUUCUAGUCGACGCUGUGCUUAAAUACGGACAAAGAGCGUUUAUCGGCAAAAUCAACAUGACAACUUUGGCGCCAGAUGACUAUGUAGAGACGCCUGAGGAGACCAUCAAGCUAACAAGAAAAUUUAUUGAAUCUGUUCGGUCUAAGAUUGCGAACUAGUGGAACCAAUCGUUACGCCAAGAUUUGCACUAAGCUUAGAAAUGGAUUCAAUGAUUGAACUGGGACAGUUAGUCAAGGAGUACAACGUCAAUGUUCAGACUCAUAUAUCAGAAAAUACAGAUGAAGUCAAGCAGGUAAAUUCCAAGUACGGUCUUCCUUAUGCGAAUGUUUAUGAUAAAGCUGGACUAUUGACGCCAAAGACAGUUCUGGCCCACGGCAUCUACUUAACAGACGAAGAGCUCAGUCUUUUAAGUCAAAGAGGUAGUUCAGUGUCGCACUGUCCCGACUCUAAUACCUGCUUGAAAUCGGGCAUGUGCGACGUCAGGCGGUUGUUUAGCUUCGGCAUUAAAGUAGGUCUUGGCACGGAUGUUUCCGGGGGAGCGUCGCCGUCGAUUGUUUCUGCGAUGCGAUCCGCAUUAGCGACUUCUAUCAACUUAUCUUUCGGUCAGAAGAACUAUAAGCCAUUAAACUAUCUGGACGUAUUUUAUUUGGCAACUCUAGGUGGUGCUGAAGGUAAGAUAACACCAAUGCCCCUUUUAUUCCUCAUUCUAAUUUUUCAUUUCACCUUUAUGCUAUAUGUUCAAGGUCACUAUUAUCAGUUAUUUAAAAUAUUACAUGAUAACGGUAACUGGGCAAUAUAGAUAGUACAUUUUUCUACGGCUUGUUCGAACGAAUUGUAUGAAGCGCAUUGUUGUAAGAAUAUGGGGGACAAAAGUAACAGGAGGGAAGUUCUUGUAACGUGCCAAAAUCACGUAAGCUUUUUUUCUACCAUUUUGAUCACUUAUCAGUAAUUCCAAUUUCUCUUUAUUAAUGAUAUAGCACCGAUUCCUAGGCCAAACCCUUUUCAGUGAUUUUCUUUUGUCAAAUUUCGUUAUUUAUUGAUCUAUUUUGAUCUCGACACUACCUAAUCUGAAAGUAUAAUUUCACACAUUAUAUCUUUCUUUAUUAGCGACUCAGUACUGUGUUCAAAUCUUUUGGAUACUAAAUGUUAUAAUAAAAUAUCGUUGAUU